ACCUGUAUAUCAUUUUAUUUCUCAUUUCCUCUUUCCUAGCUGCAUGAAUCUUUAUCUUCUGUAUCCAAAGCUUGCUCAGUCUUCUGAAAGCAAGGAUUUUUGGAAUUAUUCAGGGUUUUUAGCCUUUUCAGAGUUUGGAACAACUUUGGCGGACGGCUGGAACAUCAGUUUACAGAAAUCGGCUACAUUGAUAUUUGGGAUUUUGGUUACUGCGAAAAUGAGGAAUUUGAGCAGAGCGGCUGAAUGAAAAACCAUCCGAGGAGCAAAUGUACCUCUAUAUCUCACCAGACUUUAAUAGACAAUGCAAAGAACCGGGUCAGUGAUCUUCAAGAAAGAUUCACUAAUCUUCAAGCUGCCAGGACGGAGGGCCGAAUCGGUGAUGUUGCUGUCUUGGAGGAGCAAGUCUACCAAAGUCUUCGCGAGUGGAAGGCCGAGCUUAAUGCACCUUCUCCUGCAUCUUCUUCAUUUGGUUGUAGUCUCGGAUCUUUCUCUGAUGAUAUUGCCCGCAUGCUGCAAUUGUGUGAAGAGGAAGAUGAUGCUAGUAGUGCAUUUGCAGAACCAGCAUGUUUGAAGCCUGAAUCUGCAGUUCAAAGCCUUUGCCCCGGAAAUAUUCUGGGGGUUCAAGAGAACUGCUUCCAUAACAAUGAGGCACAGGAACAGAAAUUUCAAGUAUUUGAUCAAUGUAAAAGUCCUAAGUCUACUAUGCAUAGCACAAUGGUCAACAAUGCAGAGUUAACUCAUCAGUUGGAUUAUGAUUUACUAAAUUCUCACAAUGAAUUGAACCACGAGCUCUUCAUUGGUGCCAGUGAUAUCGAAGAGUGUGCAAAGGAUUCUGGGCCUAAUAUUCUGCCGAGCAUCCACCCUCCACCAUCUGCUUUCUUACGACCAAAAUGUUCUCUGUGGGACUGUACCAGGCCUGCUCUUGGAUCUGAUUGGUACCAGGAUUAUUGUAGCAUUUUUCAUGCUACUCUUGCUUUAAAUGAAGAUCCCCCUGGUACAACUCCAACUGUAAGACCUGGGGGUAUUGGUUUGAAAGACAAUUUAUUACUUGAUGCUCUUCGUUCAAAGACAGAGGGUAAGAAUGUGGGGAUCCCCACAUGUGAAGGAGCUGCCAGUAGAAAAUGUCCAUGGAAUGCCACUGAGCUAUUUGAUCUUGGUUUACUUGAAGGAGAAACAGUUAGGGAGUGGCUCUUCUUUGACAAACCUAGACGGGCAUUUGAAAGUGGAAACAGAAAACAGAGAUCAUUACCAGAUUACAGCGGACGUGGUUGGCAUGAGUCAAGGAAGCAGGUGAUGAAGGAGUUUGGAGGGCAGAAGAGGUCUUAUUACAUGGACCCACAACCACCAGGUUGCUUUGAGUGGCGUUUAUACGAAUAUGAGAUAUAUAGCUUUGAUGCAUGUGCUUUAUAUAGGCUAGAACUCAAACUUGUCAAAGAGAGAAAGAGUCCCAAGGGAAAAGUCAACAAAGAUCCCGUGGUUGAUCUACAGAAAAAGAUGGGAAGACUUACUGCUGAGGUUCCUUCAGAUAACAACAACAGAUAUGUUGUUAGAGGCAUGCCAACUGAACAUAGAGUGGUAAACAGAGAAGAUAUUAACCCUGGUCUAAGUGAAAUGAACCCUACCGAAAUGCCAAAUUACAAUUCAAGUUGUUCAUAAAAUCAUGUAGAUAAAUCAACUGACCAUCAAGGCACUUAAUUGACAAGUCGCGACUGCUUGUCAGAAACAAACUCUGGGAUUCGACACCAAUCCUGCUGCCGAUGGUACUGUAGAGUUGUAAGUAGUACUUCUGUUCAUCAAAAAAGGUAGUAACUCUGAUUAUGUGAUUGGUCUUGUUUCUUUUCAGGAGGCCUUUAUUGUGCCAGAGAUUAUUACAGAGAUUUAGUUGUUUACCCUUGAAAUUUUACUUAGACUAGCCUAGAAAAUCACCAUUGUUUCCUUGAUAAAAAAAAAAAAAAAAAAAAAAUUAAUACAAUCUCACAAGAAGUUGAGAUGAGCUAAUAAAAUCAACCAUGUUCGUAGUA